AUGGUGACAUUAAGAACAGAAGACAAUAGGUAUGGUAACUACAAUAGGUCUUAUGACAGAAUCUCUGGGACAAUGCCGAAAGCGUUUCGACGAGACAAGGGAAUAUUUCACAUGCAGGCUUUGCACGGAGCUUUUGAAACUGCCUUACAAAGCACCUGACAUGUGCGAAAGGUUUCGCCCGGUCGUAAAGAGGAAGGUCUACAAGAUCGACCCGAUGCUGACCAUCCUUGCGAGGAACGGGAUCAGAUGUCCUGGUCCUUCGAGGAAGGAGAGGUGCAAGAAGAUCAAGUACCUGCCGAGGAUAGAACAGAAGUACAAGACGAUGCACUACCACGGGCCGAGGGACCAGCACUUCAAGCAGCCCUGGGAUAAGACCUCUUCCAUGAAGUACGGUUAAUAUUUUCAAUAUGGAGUAUGGAGGGAAGAGGGAAUCCCUUCUGGGGAAAAAGCAGAGUAUGGGGACGUUUGCUCUUACACACGCCAUUUCAUUUUAUUUUAAAAAUACAGAUGUUUCUAUGUU